CACACACUUUUUCGCUCCACCCAAUCAAUAUCCACGUGAAGGCUCUUCCAGCUUUAGCAGCCAAACGCGUCCCAGAUGUUGGUUGCGCCGCUCUGUCUGUCUUCCGAAAGCGCACGCAGACGAUGGCGCUGCCCUCCCAGCUCCAACCGGGCCUGCUCCCCUCUGAGGUCGAGUUUCUCGCCACGUCGACGGAGCACGUCCACGUCGUGCCCCUCGUGCGCAUCGACCGGGUUCGCCUCCUCUCUGGCGUCUACGGGCCUCUUCGUCCGCCGACGCAGGCACGCGUCCCGCUCUGGCUCGCCCUCAACCUCAAGAAACGGCGAAAGUGCCACAUCGUCUGCCCAGAGUGGCUGCACAUUGACAACCUUCGCACCCUUUUACGGUCCGAGCAAUCCAACGCGGCCUUUGCCUCUGUCCCUCCCUUCUACCAGGCCAUCGCCAAGGUCCUCCUCGAGUCAGCGGCAGACGAUGUGCCGGCAGCCGAUGACGUGCGCGAGGCGCUCAAGAGCCUGCGCGAGGCGCGCCAGAGCAAGGUCCUCGCCGGCCUCGAAAUGAUCAAUGCCGACCACCUCGAGGUGAGGAGCGCAGCGUAGCCUAGCCUAGCCUGGCCUUCUCCUUCACUCCAGAUCGUGUGUGUGUGUAAUGCUGAUGCAAAAAGAGGAGCGCAGAUGACAAAUAUCUCGAGGGGCGAGAUCACCGAGCUGCGACACUUUUUCACAG